CAUCAUGGUGGUGAUCACAGAGUUUCAGAAAAUCGGUGUGGGUUUAUCAGGAUUUGGUGUAUUCUUUCUACUCUUUGGAGUGCUGCUGUACUUUGACUCUGUCUUGCUGGCGUUUGGUAACAUCCUGUUCCUGGCUGGUCUGGCCUUCAUCAUCGGCCUAAGAAGAACUGCACACUUCUUAUUCCAGAGACAGAAACUCAGAGGUUCCACCUUUUUCUUGGGGGGCGUGGCUUUGGUGCUGCUACGAUGGCCACGUAUGGGCAUGUUAGCAGAAACCUAUGGGUUCGUGCUUCUGUUUAAAUCGUUCUUCCCAGUGGCCUUUGGUUUCCUUGGGACAGUCUUAAACAUGCCUUUCCUCACUACAUUGUUCAGUUUGUCCAGAAGCAGCUCCUCAAUGGUAUGAAAGCUCUCAGAAAGGAUGAGGCGAUGGACAACAGGG